GACGUACGGUUGAACAGAGCCAUGUGGCGCUGCCAUUUUUCACAUUCAUCGUUCUCCGUCUUAUCUUCUUCUUCUUCCUCCUCUUCCUCCGCCUCCUCUGUUAGGGUUCUUCUUUCUUCAGCUUCUUCUUCUUCUCCUUCAAGGACCUCAGUUUCCAUUUCUUUAUCCCUCUCUUGCUCUGCCACUGCCAUGGCGACCCACGAUGAAGGGCGAAGGAAGUUCCUGGACUUCCCCUUCGUUUCUACUUCCCACAAGAACCUCAUGCUCGAUCUCGUUUCAGCAGUCGAAAAUCGAUUCAAUUCGCAGCUUCUUCCUUGUACGCUGCCGCCGGACGUUCAGUACUACCAGAACCAGACAGGUACUGCCCAAGCUUCACUGCAAAUUCGAUCCGGCCAGAGUAACUCCCCUGUUGAUUUUGUAUUGGGAAGUUGGGUACACUCUGAACUACCAACAGGAGGAUCCUUGGAUAUAACAAGUCUUUCAGCUUAUCUCAAUCUCACAAACGACUCACCAAACUUUGUGAUUGAACUUAUUCGGAGUAGUCCAACAAUGCUGGUCCUCAUUCUUGAUCUGACUCCUCGCAAAGAUCUUGUGCUUUGGCCAGACGACCUCAAAACGUUCUAUGAAGAUACUCAGCUGGACAAACACAGGCAAGCUAUUGAGAAAAUCCCUGAGGUGAAGCCUUACAUAUCUUCCUCACUUUAUAUCCGGGCCGCUUCCUCUCCUACAGCUAUCAUGGUUACAAUUGGGACACUGGCUGAUGGCGGAGAAGAACGCAUGGAGGAGAUCAUUAGAGACCAUUUGGAUCCCGUUUCAAAGCAAGUGUUGGGGAUAUGGUUGGACCAUUGUGCGUGUGGCAAGAGAGAAGUAGGAGAGGCAGAAAGAGCUGAGCUGAAGAAAAGGGAUGGGAUUAUGAGAAGCAAAACUAUUGAAAUUGAUCUAGGCUCGAGCUUCCCAAGGCUGUUUGGUCCAGAAGUUGCAAACCGAGUUCUUGAAGUCAUGAGGGAGUAUUUUAGUAUGUGAUACGAUGUUACAUAAGAAUAUAACUUCUUAGUCUGGUUCAAUGUGUGUAAAUAGUAUGACUUCUUGGUUUGGUUCAAAUGUUCAAUGAUAGCCAAAGUGUUCGUUCAACAUAUAGUUAAUCAGCACUUUUGAAACGAGUACUUUGGCACCCUUUAUUGUAAAAUGGACUUUUAUUUGGUGAACAAUAUCUACUAGAUCAUCUAUAGAUCAUAUCUUCAAAUGAUUGAGGAUGAAA